AUGGCUAAGAGCGCAGAAGUGAAGCUGGCGAUCUUUGGUCGAGCUGGCGUGGGCAAGUCAGCUCUCGUCGUGCGCUUCUUGACCAAACGGUUCAUCUGGGAAUAUGACCCAACACUAGAGUCUACAUAUCGUCACCAGGCUACCAUUGAUGAUGAAGUGGUUUCCAUGGAGAUACUAGAUACAGCUGGUCAGGAGGAUGCUAUUCAGAAAGAAGGACAUGUGCGAUGGGGUGAAGGCUUCGUGCUGGUUUACGACAUCACGGACAGAGGCAGCUUUGAGGAAGUGCUGCCACUAAAGAACUUGUUGGAUGAAGUUAAAAAACCCAAAAAUGUCACCCUGAUCCUGGUGGGAAACAAAGCAGACUUGGAUCACUCCAGGCAGGUCAGCACAGAGGAAGGUGAAAAGCUGGCCACAGAACUAGCAUGUGCUUUUUAUGAGUGCUCUGCUUGCACAGGAGAGGGCAACAUUAUGGAGGCCUUCUAUGAGCUCUGUCGUGAGGUACGGCGUCGAAAGAUGGUCCAGGGCAAGACUCGGAGACGCAGCUCCACCACCCACGUCAAGCAGGCAAUUAAUAAGAUGCUUACCAAAAUCAGCAGCUAA